AUGCUCCGCGGGGGGAGCAGAGAUACGACCGCUGGUGCAUGGCGUGCCGCGAACGUGUCCUCUCCUUACCUCGAUGCUCUCUUGGACGUAGAGGGUCAAUGUCUAUGUUCUCUCUGUAGCGAGAUCCGACCGAAUCCGAUCCUGUCCGACGGAUGUAACCUUUGCGGGGACGAGCAAAUAGCAUAUGGGCUGCUGUGCAUGUCGACGGGAUGGUGGAGAGCAGAAUAUUGCAGCAGAUGUGCAUCGCAACAGAAGGAAGAGGGGGUUGUCUGCGUGAAGCAUGGCGAGAACAUCGAGGUGAACGUCUACAACGACACGUCCGAUGAGUUCAUCGAGCUGCAUGGCAAGUGGAGAGUGUGGGGGCCGCUGAAUCCUCUGCUGAAGCGUCUCCAGGGCGAUGCGGCACCUGCUAUCGGCAGGCAACACACGGCAGUGAGUUGGCAGGGAUGCCAAUGGACGAUCGCUGCUACCUGGUGCAACUUCCACAAGUGCAGAACAGACAAGCCGCUCUCACCUCCCAAGUGUUGGACAAGCAUCCCCGGCUGCGGCAGAGCUGCUCGCUUCUGCCUUGCCGAUCGAUUCCGCAGGUUUCAGCUCUGCCUGCAAACUCACAGGAGGGACAACCACUCUGAGGACAGAGACCCGAGCCCGCUCCUAGCAGCGGAUCUAUGCUCCAUGCACGCUCGUGAUGCCCGCCAGAAGAAUGAGGCUGGUGGCUCAGGCCUGGUCGACCCACAGGCCAUCUGGCGCUGCAAGCUGCGAGCCGUGCUCUUCCGGCCGAGCUAUGGCGAUCCGAACAGCACAGAUCGGUAA